AUGAAAACAUAAUUACAAUCCACAAGAACCCGGCCAGUUAAGUCCCGUUUGGAAUAUAUAUCUCUCUCUGAAGAAUAGUUUAAUUGUUUCAGAGAGAGAGAGAGAGAGAGAGAUCGACAGGGAGAAGGGAGGAGGAGUAAUGGACGAUUUGCCACCUGGGUUUCGAUUCUACCCGACAGAGGAAGAGUUGGUUUCAUUCUAUCUGCAUAACAAGCUGGAAGGGACGAGAGAGGAUUUGAACCGAGUUAUGAACCGGGUUAUACCGGUUGUGGACAUAUAUGAGUCCAAUCCAUGGGAUCUCCCACAGUUUUCCGGAGUGCUGUGUUAUGGAGACCCUGAGCAGUGGUUCUUCUUCAUUCCUAGACAAGAGAGUGAAGCCCGUGGGGGAAGACCGAGGCGACUCACAACAACCGGGUACUGGAAAGCCACCGGGUCUCCGAGUUCUGUCUACUCUUCCAACAAUCGCAUGAUUGGAUUGAAACGGACCAUGGUUUUCUACAACGGACGAGCUCCAAACGGGAAAAAAACGGAGUGGAAGAUGAACGAAUAUAAAGCUAUUGAAGGAGAGGCCUCCGUAUCUAGUAGUGAAACUCCCAUGUUACGACAGGAAUUUAGUUUGUGUCGAAUUUACAAGAAAUCGAAAUGCUUAAGGGCAUUUGACAGACGGCCGUCUGGAGUAGUAAUAGGUGGUCAGCCACCUGUUCAACAAGUUCGUCAUGGUGAUGUGGCAUCAACAUCUGGUCAUCCCAACCGUUCGAUAGUAGAAAGAACAAGCUCGCCAGAGAGUUCAUCCUCAGGAGAUCACCAAGGCCAUCCAUCCCAGCCUGCUGGGGAAAGUGAGAACAUGGAAAUGGCUGUUGAUCAUAAUGAUCCUUUGUGGCCAUGGGAGCAAGUGAAUUGGUUCCCUGGGAUGGAAUAGAUAUCAAUGGACAGGAUCUCAUCAGCUAGCUGAAUUUUCAGGCCGGUAUUCAAAUAUCUGCAGUACUACGCUAGCUGAAUCUUCAGGUAUUCAAAUAUCUGCAGUACUACUAAGAGAAUGUAAUUAAAGAGCAUAACCCAGUAAAGGAAAGUAGGGUUUAACUCUAUUUAAUUUUGGCUCGGGCCAAAUUCUUUGUUUGCUGUCUUUGUAAUUCUCGUUAAUUACCUAGAGACAUAAUAAACUUUCAGUUUUUUAGUUUAGGGAAUGUAAAAUAAUUUCAGUUUAUUGUAUCGGUUAGAAUAUACGGAUUAUAUUUUCCGUAUAUUUUAUAUUUGGUUGAUAUUGUAAUAUUUUCUAUUUACAGUGAAUUGUAAUCAAAUCACCAUGAUUUGAUUACCAUAUUAGUGUUUACUCUAAACCCUAUAAAUAGGGACCUUUGUAUUGUAGACAAUCAAGUUAAUAAGAGCAUAAUGUAGUCCUUUGAACUU